AAAUUAUGUUCAAACGAACUGAAAUAUAAAACAAUGUUUUUAUUAUUUUUUCUAAUUUAAUCGAUGCGGAUCGGUUGAAUCAGUUUUAACACCCACAACAAAAAAAUCAUCCAUUGCACAUGGUUAAAAUUUAGAAUUAUUGCGGUUAAUAAACCCCAAUAGAAAAAAAAUAAACCCCAAUAGAAUAAUUACCCAUAGAGUCGUAGACUCGUAGAUUGUACACUCUUCCCAUUACUUUCCCCAAAUUGAAGAGCAGAGGAUCAAUAUAUCAAAUUCAGAGGAACGAAAUUGGGGGCAUAUUCAAACUUUUCCAGAAAUUGAACUCAAUCAUUCACUAUGUUGUGAUAGAUGUUGUAAGUUAAUGAGUUGUUAGAGGAUAUAUGAAGUGUUAGAAUGGAUGAUCAAGUGGGUAUUCCUGAUGAUUUGCGUUGUAAGAGGUCGGAUGGUAAACAAUGGAGGUGUACAGCAAUGUCUAUGCCGGAUAAAACCGUAUGUGAGAAGCACUACAUUCAGGCGAAGAAGAGAGCAGCAAAUUCUGCGUUACGAGCCAGUUUAAAGAAAGCUAAGAGGAAAUCUAUGGGUGAAACUGGAAGUCCUAUUUAUAUGGAGAGUAGAAGUGACGAUAACAACAAGGAUAUGUCACUACAAGUGCAGGAUUUUCCUGUUUCAGGUUUCCCAAACAAUCACAAGGAUCGGAUGCCGCCCAAUGGAGAGGAUGAUAUGCAAAAAGACUUGGAUCAUUAUGAUCAUAGUCGAAGGUCUUACACUCCUUAUGGCAUAGAAUCCUCAAGGAACAUGUCACAGAAGAGCAUUGAUGAUGGUGCUAUGGUUACUAGUGAGGUUCAUUCUGAUGCUAGCACAGAUUCUACAAAUGACACCGGUGGACUUACUUGCCAUCAGUGUCGAAGGAGUAACAAAGUUUCAGUUAUUUGGUGCCAUAAAUGUGAUAGAAAAGGAUAUUGUGAAAGCUGCAUUAGUACAUGGUAUGCAAACAUUUCUUUGGAAGAGAUCCAAAGAGUUUGCCCUGCAUGUCGCGGUAUGUGCAAUUGUAAGGUGUGCUCCAGGGUGGAUAACUUGAUUAAGGCAAAAAUAAGGGAUAUACCUGUGCUGGACAAGCUACAAUAUCUCUAUUGCUUGCUAUCGUCGGUGCUUCCUGUGGUUAAGGAGAUCCACCAGCAACAGUGUGCUGAAGUGGAUUUAGAGAAGAAGCUACAUGGAGCCGAAGUGGAUCUAGAGAGGACGAAAUUGAAUGCAGAUGAGCAGAUGUGCUGUGAUUGCUGCAGAGUUCCAAUUGUAGAUUAUCACCGGCACUGCUCAGCUUGCUCGUAUGAUCUUUGCCUCAGAUGCUGUCAAGAUCUUCGUAGUGAAACUCUGGCUGUUGCAAAAGAUGAUGUAGUGGACGAUAAUAACUCUGAGAAAAAUCAUUUGGGAGAGGUUCAAGCUUCACCAAACCAUAAUCUUUUGCUAAGUGUGAAGUUUCCUGGUUGGAGAGCAAGUAUAGAUGGUAGUGUACCUUGCCUUCCGAGGGAACAUGGUGGUUGUGGUUGCUCUUAUCUAACUCUUCGGCGAAUUUUCAAGAUGAAUUGGGUUGCUAAACUGGUAAAAAAUCUUGAAGAAAUGGUUAGUGGUUGCAAGGUUAAAGGCAUUAGUAACUGUUCAGACUCUAGAUCACUUAGCUCUAGGUUCCUUGAAUGUGCAUCACGUAAGGAGAGUGAUGACAAUUUCUUAUAUUGUCCAUCUGCUCAAGACAUUAAACUUGAUGGCGUUGUAAACUUCCGAAAACAUUGGGCGAAGGGUGAACCUGUCCUUGUUAAGCAGGUCUGUGAUGGUUCAUCAAGCACAAGUUGGGACCCUAUGGUUAUAUGGAGGGAGAUUUGUGAAUCUACUGAUGAGAGGAUGAAUGAUGCUAGUAAAAUGGUGAAAGCUGUUGAUUGUCUAGACUGGUCUGAGGUUGAUAUAGAACUUGGGCAAUUCAUGAAAGGAUACUCGGAGGGGCUUCUUCGUGAAAAUGGUAGUCCACAAAUGUUGAAGUUGAAAGAUUGGCCAUCACCCAGUGCAUCUGAAGAGUUCUUUUUGUACCAAAGGCCUGAAUUUAUAAGCAAAGUGCCAUUUCUUGAAUUCAUCCAUUCAAAGUGGGGGCUUUUGAAUGUUGCUGCAAAAUUACCGCAUUAUUCCCUACAAAAUGAUGUUGGACCUAAGAUAUUUAUCUCGUAUGGACUAUCUGAAGAGUUAGGUAGAGGUGACUCAGUGACUAAUCUUCAUUUGAACAUGCGUGAUAUGGUAUACCUCUUGGUGCAUUCUUGUGAAAUGAAAGUUAAAGAAAACAAUGCCAAGAUACAUAAGGCUUGUGGGGAAACUCAGGUGCAAGAUUUUUCUGGAUAUCCAUGCAGGGACUUGAAUGAAGAAGUUCCAGUUAGUUUACCCGUUGAUGGAGAUGAUAGGGAAAAUGUAAAUAAGGGUAAGCUUGACAUAAAUUUAGAUGAGCAAAUAGAAGAUACCGAAUGCCAAAAAUCCGAUCUUGGACGUGAGCAAAUGGAACAAGGAGUAAUUUCCUGUGUCAAACAUCCAGGGGCCAUUUGGGAUGUCUUUCGACGGGAGGAUGUUCCAAAGCUAACUUUGUAUCUUAGAUCCCAUUGGGAGGAAUUCGGAAAGUCCGAUACGGUUACUAGCCCUCUUUAUAGUGAAGCGGUGUAUCUGAAUGAUCACCAUAAACAAAAGUUGAUCGAGGAAUUUGGGGUUGAACCAUGGUCAUUUGAACAACACUUAGGCCAAGCCGUGUUUGUUCCUGCUGGAUGUCCAUUCCAAGUAAGAAAUCUACAGUCCACGGUUCAGUUGGGUCUUGAUUUUUUGUCACCUGAGAGCUUAGAGCAGGCAGUGAAACUGGCAGAAGAAAUUCGCUGUCUUUCAAAUGAUCAUGCAACAAAGCUACAAAUGGUAGAGGUUGGAAAGAUAUCACUAUAUGCAGCUAGUUCUGCAAUCAAAGAGGUGCAGAAGCUGGUUCUUGACCCAAAGCUUGGCCCAGAGCUUGUGUUUGAGGAUCGUAAUCUGACUGCAGUGGUUUCAGAGAAUCUGGAAAGAAUGACGAGACAGAGACAAGCUGUCUGUGCAUGAACCAGUGUCUAUUCACAUCUUGCGACUAUAUCCUCCUAUUGGAUAAAGCACAUCUAGCUUGAGAUUACGCCCAGUAUCCGGUGAAAGUCCGAGGAGAAAGCUCGUGAUUCCUCCGAAAUUAGCACCAAUAGCUACAAAAGAAGCUGACCCAAUGCCUAUCACGAGCCGCCGUUGGAACGUUGAUGCGAGUGGUGCAAAUUGCUCGGCAGGUGAAUACUGGGUGCCCCUCCCUUUCUUGUCACCGGAUGAUUGAGUAAGAUAUAUUCGGUUGCGGUUGGACGAUGUUGUAAGGUAAUGGUAGGGUUGCUGCAAUGCCAUUCUAUCUUAUAAGUUCUCUAUGAUUUUGGAAUGUGUAUUUACUGGUCUGAAUUAAAUGAGUUCUGAUGAAAAUGAUGCAACAAAUCGCAUGGAGAAAGUUCCCAGUGUUCCUUGCCUUGUAUGAGAUAAACAGAUAAUGUUAACUACUUUCGGUGGGUCGUUUUUAGUGGCUCUCAUUUGUUGUUGCUGUGUACGUUGAAGCUCAACUGAGUGUCGCCCAUUCAAAUAGUCACGUCAUUAAUUUUAUUGAUGCGCUGCUUUUCAAAAGUGGAAAAACUAUACAUAUGUCGCUCUUUAUUAGUUGACACGUUCUUUUAGUUAAGUUUGAUACGGAGUAAUGCAUAUUUGAGAGGAAAUAUUAUAAAAACUUACGGAGUAAUAUUUUAUUAACAA